AAAGACGAUGAACGGCCAGGAGAAUCGCCCCGGAUGACGGCCGGACAAGAGAUUGCGUCACAAAUAAAAAGAUAAAGAAAUGGGAUUCGUCUGAGGAAGCGAAAGAAGGAAGAAGAAAUUGCAGACACAACUUUCAACAAAAAUUACAAAACGAAAAAGGAAAUUUAAAAAAUAAGGUCGGAAAAAACAUUUUUUUUUGUUACACCCCCUCCGUUUAUUUGCCAAUGUUAUAACCCUCCUCACCAGAAAGCCACACACACACACACAUAUACCAUUUUUUGAUUAUUUUUCUAAUCUUAUCUGAAACUUGUGGAUAAGACGGAAAGGAUAACAAGCGAUCUCUCCAAUUUCCCUUGUUAACUCUCGAAUUAAUUUUUUCGCUAUUUUGACAAAUAUCCUCCUCCUCCGCAAAUGACACGGUAGUUUCUCUCCUUCUUCUUGACUUUUUCCUCUUCGUAGUCGUAGCGAAAAAAACAAACAAAAAAAUGGUAGAGGCGAAAUUGAAAAAACAUUUUUUUGAAAUUAUUUUUUUCGAAUUUGGCGCGCAGCUCGUAGUCGAUGACGGUAGACAAACUUACACAACUUAAUCUUUACGUAGUCUUUAUUUAGAUAAUACCCACCCCCUACCCCCUGAAAAACAUUUAUUAUUGGACAUUUUUUUUUCGACUAUUUACCGAAAAAAGGGAGGGAAUUUAUUUCGUGUAAAAAUUUGAUCCAUACUCAAUUAUCGACAACAACAAAAAAAGAGGAAAAGAAAAAUCCCAAAAAAAUUAUCUAUUUGGAAUUUUUUGGGGCCUCUUUGACAAUGGCCAUAUUAUAUAAUAUUUGCUGCUCCCACAAAUUUAAACUGAACUAAAAAAAAAAAUCCCAUCGUGUUCGUGUGUGUAUGUGUGUGUCAUUUACCUGUUCAAUUUCUCUGAUCGUGUGUUGAUUUUCCCUCUCCAAUCUUUUUUUUGGAUUAUUUCCCAAAUUGUUUCUGUUAUAUUCCCCCCCGCCCAAUUUGUAUCACGUAAUCAGAUGUUUUCUUUAUUCCUUUUUCGGCCUUGAUCCCAAAAUAUUCUCCAAUUGAAUCGCUCCGAUAGACUCGGCCGAUUCGAAUGAAUAAUCCACACACACACACACAACACAGCCAAAAAAAAAUUGCGAAAGAAAAGAAUCAGAAGAAAAAAACGGCAGCUAAAAUCAAUAAAUCGAGUAAUAAUAAUAAUUAAAAUUUAGCUGGAACGACAAAAGGUGUGGUUUUCCCUCCCCCAAAAAUUUUAGUAAAAUUUUUUUUUUUUUUUUUUAAUUUGUUUCGGUAGUGCCAAUUUUUUUGUCAAAAAACUCAGCCGAUCAUUUUUGUUUGAAAAUUCCUUCCUCUUGUAAACAAAAUGAAAUUCUCUUGGCGGCGACGACGACGACGAGACGGAAAGAAAGAAGAAAAAUGUUGUUUUUUCAGGUGUGUCACAAAGGUCACGUGACGUUUACUACCGACUGUGAUAGGCGGAACCAACGCCUUCUCUCUAGUAAAAACUAGCAGCUAGAGUUGAGUAAAAACAGUAAUAGUAGUCUACGAGGUUUUGUUUGCUCUUAUUUUAUCCGCCUUCCGCCUUUUUCUCCGUCACCUCCUGGUGGGGUUCCAACAAAAAUGAAAAGAUUUUUACUCCUCAACUCGUUUGUUUCAAUCAAAACUAAACGGAUAUACAACGACACACGCGCAUUUUUUUACGUUUCAACUUUUUGUAGGAGGGACGGACGGUGGCGGGAAAUUUGAAAAAUGGAAGCGGAAAUAAAGGGAAAGAAAACCCGUGGAAGUAAAAAGCAGAGAAACUUUUUUAAAAACUUACACAGAAAUUAACCAGAAAUAAAUAACUUUUUUUUUUUUCGUUUUUUGGCUCCUCCCGAGAGAUCAAACAGGAAAAAAAAAAAUUUAAAAAUGUUUUUAGCCAAAAAAUCGAUUUUAAAAUAAAUAAAAAGACCCAACCGAGAAAAAUGUUAAUGAAAUCUUUUUUUGAGAGCCCGUUAGGAUGUUGUUGGUAGCCGUUUCUCGCUGUAGAGCAGAGUAGUAGACACAGAGGACACAGAGAAUUUUACGAAAACAAAACAAAAAAAAAUCAUUUUUUUAUUCAACCCAAUUUUUGUGUUUUUAUCUCCCCCACCACCAAAUUCAUUUACAGCCUGAACAAAAAAAAAAGUUUAAAAUUUUUUCGAUGACUCGCGCCAAACACAAAAAAUUUAAAUCAUCUCUCAGCAAUUCAUUUGAUAUGAAUUUUUGAUACAUUUUAUUCAUUUGGGGUGAGAACUUAAUUAUUCAGCGCAGAGAGAGAGAGAGGGAAAUUAAGAAAGAGAGUUUUUAAAGUGAAUUACGAGCUAUGCAAAAUAACAAAAUUUUUAUUUCGAGAUUACAAAAAAGUUUAGUUUUUUAGUCUUUUAAUUAUUUUUCGGGGGAAUAUGUGGCGUCGAUAUCAAAAGAUUCUUUUUUUUUUUAAAUUGUUAUCCCCCACACCGCCUUUUUUUUAUUUUUGAAAUUUUUCAUCAGGAAAUUUGAAAUUUUUUUUCGCGCCAUUUUAUCAAUUUCAAUUUUUUAAAAAAUCGUCGAUCUCGUCAAGAAGACACGCGUGUGUGUGAAUGAGUUAACACUAAAAAAAAGGGAAUUAUAUUUUUUGGAUUAUUUUCUUCCCCUCUCUCUCCACUCUUCUCACUCUCUCUCUCUCUCACGCUCUUUCGUUAGAUGAACCUUUGCGUUUAGUGUGGCCGCAUCAAGUCAAAUGAAAAAUAAAAUAAAAAAAUUAAAUCACCGAUUAAUGACACAGGAAAAAUGAAUAUCGAUUGGAUGAAAAUAUACGAAUUUUAAAACGAUGAAACACACAUAACCAAUCAAAUACCCCUCGGCCCUUUUUUCUUCAUAUUCUGACAUUUUCAUUUGCCAAAUUGUGUUUUUUUUCGACUUUUAAAUUUAAUUUGUUUCAAAGGGUGGAAGGGUUUUUGAUUCUUUUAUGUGUGCGUCGAGACGAUUUUUUUUUUAUAAAUUGAUUACAAAAAAAAAGUAGUUGGAAAUUUGCGGCCGGUAGCUAUUCUCCUCCUCCAAAUGUGUUUUCUUUUUAAUUUACCUUUCUUCAAUGGCAAUAAUGCAUUCAAUUUGAUGACAUAACCAUUCUGUUUUUCUCUUUCUCCUCCCAUUAUCAUUAUCUCUCUCUCUCCCCCCAAAACGGUUGAAAAUUGUUGAUCAAUUGUUUCUCGUGUUGAAAUUUUUUCGCCCAUUUUGCCACUUUUCAAUAUUUUCCACCUCCUCCUCCCAUAUCUCUCCCCCCUUUCAAAAUUGUUUUAUUGUGUCUCUUUCAAAUGGAGCCGCCAAGGUGUGGGAGGGGGUGGGGCUCAUUUGCAUGAAUUCUUGCCCUACAUAAUAAUAAUAUGCCACCACCAACUGACACGACAACUACAACAAAACACACAAUCUCCUGAACCGAAUCGCGAAAAAAAAAAUAAUACGAAAAAAACUCCCACCCCCUCCCCUUUUCCCCCACCCCCUGUAUAACCUCAGGAUUUUUCAUCCCAAAACAUUUUUAAUUUGACAAAAUGUUUGUGUGCGUUUGUUUGUUUGUUUGUUUUUGUGAGUGUGUGUGUGUGUGUGUGUUUCACAUUUGUUAAAAAACACGAUUUGAUGAUGAUGAUGAUGAUGACAUAACAUUUGUUUGGGUGUAUCUUUAUUACCACCCACCUCUCUCCCCUCCCUCAGCCCCCAACGAUUUUUCAAGAUGCAAAAAAUUAAAAAAAAAAAAAAAAAUUAAUUUUCAUUUUUUCAGUUUGCCAAAAAAAAAAUGUUUUUGAAAUUUACAAAAAAUUUGAAUUUUUUUUUUCUUUGAACCUUUUGCCUUUUUCCUCCCACAUUUUUUUGUUUUUCUGUUUGGUGGUCAAAUUAAUUUUUUUUUUCUGUUUCCUCCUCCCUUCCUCCUCCAUGCCGUUUGUUGAAAAUGAAUGGGCAAUAAAAUUGACAGCAAUAAGCACCUUUUGUUUUUGUCCACCAUUUCUUUCUAGACGUUUAGUGUCGUCACAACACAGGGUCCGACACCUCUUUUUAACUUUUCAUAAUUCAUCGAGUGGAACAGUUUUUGUUUCGUGAUUUUUCCAGGGGUGUUUACACGUGUGUGGGUGACAAGUUUCGGAUGUGCUUAGAACGUUUGAUGGUGGGGGUGAAUAAGUAAGUCGAUUCCCGUGGGAUUUAUUUACGACCGUGCUCUCCCGGUGGACAACUUUCUGGUUUUUAUUGUAUUUUGUGUCGGUAAGUUAAAAGACCGGAACCCCGAAUAAACCUGCCGAUAAAUCUGUACCGGGAAACCGUGCAACGUAGUUAACGAGCUAAUACAAACCGAGCUAGGAGAAACGAGCGACGCGUUACGGAAUGGAGUCGGGAGGGAGUCGCUCGUCUCGUUCAGGACAUGGCCCUAAACUUCACAUUCCUCAGUCUGAUUUAAUAUGUAAAACUGGUUGUGGGUUUUUUGGGAAUAUCGCGUGGCAAGGCUACUGCUCAAAGUGCUACAAAGAGUAUUUCCUGCAAAGGCAGCAGCAUCAGGCGGCUUUUGUCCCCUCACCGUCAAGUUCUCUUGGGCGCAAAGUUGAGAGAUCGCAGAGUGAUGCAAGCACAUUCUUCAACAAACCAGAGAGCCAUUCUUCGACACUUCCCCGCCAUGGAUUUUCCAGGUUUGAAGAGAAAAAGAGGCAUAAUCAAGAGAUGAGGACAACAGCCGUCAAGUCACUCUUCAGGAAGACACCCACCAAGGGUUUGGGGAGCCCGAAAUCAAAAGACAAGAGAGCCCUCAGUCCGGAAUCCCAUUCAGCCAUUAUAGAAUUGGAUCAAUUUCUGCAAACACUACCACAAAACGCUGCCCAUCACGCCUACAGUUUCUUGAGAAUGCAAGCCCAAAAACUGGACGGUCUAGUAUCAUCUGGGGUCCUCACUCCUUUGGAGAUAUCUGACAGGGUUCACAACAUUUAUCAAGUCUUUGACGAAAAGCUGAAAACUCAUUCAGGUUUCUUGGACAUGACCAACAGCUCGAUGGAAUCCUUGUUAGAUCACAGUGAACGUUACCUGACUCGACUGUUGUACAAAAAAUUGUUUUGCCCUCACACCUGCGAUGACGAAGAACGUGAUUUGGCCGUUCAGAAACGUAUCCGUAGUUUGAAUUGGAUUUCGGCCCCACUUCUCGACUGUCGAAUCAACGAACUUGAUUCUAAAGUUCGAGAUAUCCUCGAGAAGGCCAUCACGCAUCUCAUUGAAAUGGACGGCCAGAGAGCACCUCAGGACAAGCUGGCAUCGAUUAUAAAUUGUAGCAAGUUGGUGUUUGAAAUGUUGGGAUUGUCCCACAAUUCAAAUGCCGAUCAAUCACGAACUCGUGCGGAAGAAGAAUCCGGCGAAGGUCAGACGAAAGAAAUGACCGAAGGUGAUGCGGUAGAGCCAACUGUUUACAGUUCGCACCCAGUGAGUGCCGAUGAUUUCCUGCCGGCGCUCAUUUACGUAGUGUUGCGUGCCAAUCCACCACGCAUUCAUUCCAAUCUCAAUUUCAUCACGAGAUUUGCGGCCCCUGGUCGAUUGCUCCAGGGCGAGGGUGGAUACUACUUCACCAACUUGUGUUGUGCCGUUUCUUUUUUAGAAAACUUGACGAGCGAUUCGUUGGGAUUGUCGAGCGAGGAAUUUGACCGUUACAUGAGUGGCAAGUCCAUUCCAUUUGCGUCGCUUCAAGCCGGUGUGAUGGUGUCGGAGGGUUUACGUCUCAUGUACCAAAACAUGUCGACCCUGUCGGAGCUGAAACACAAGCAGACAAACCUCCAGCAGCAAAUCCUCGAGCUGAAAAGCGACAUGGAAAUCUUCAACGAAUGUGUGGGCAAGGAAGUGGUGGAGUGUUUGCAACAGUUUCCCGUCCAGAUUCGGGGCAAACGAGCUCCAAUCAAACCUGAUGAGGUGCAGCCCAAUGAGAGUGAUACUCUCAAGCUGCUGCCUCCUCCGUUGCUUCCGCAUAAAAUCAGCGCAGAGUCUGCCCUUCCGCCCUUGGUGGAUUCGAUAUCAUCCAAUUUGGAGCAUCUCGUGCCGGACGUAGCCGCAGCUGCACCCGUGGGACGCAGGGUGGCGGCCACCGACAAUCUACUGGACGGAUCGAUCCAGGAACUUGAUCUGCUGGCUCUUAAUGAACUGUCGAUAAGUUGCUCGUCCUCUGGAGAGCCAAACACUCUGCUGCUGGAGACGACUACAGACGACGACCCGUUUAGUUCACUUUCUCUGACCGUUCAAGGCCGGAUCAUUCCGUGUAUUCCUUGCGAAAACAUUUCACCCACUGGCCAACAACUCCCUCCCUCCAACUAAAAACUCCCACCUCAAUAGUUUUUGUUUUAAUGAUUUGAUUUCGUUUUUCCCAAUCGAAAUGAAAAUAACAAACAAAAAACAAUUGAAAAAGAACAACUACUAGACAGGGAAUGUAAUAUCCCGUUACCCUUUGCGAGUUCAACUCUAUUGUGUAAUUUAAAUCACCUUAACGAAUUUGCAUGAUGUGCUUUUUUCCAUAAUAUUUCCCGGGCAGCAUUAGAGUGAAACGCGAUGACUGCUAACGUUUUUAACAAACACAUUUUUCUCCCCUUCUCUUCCUAUUCUAGUCUCUCUUAUCUCAAUGCUAUUCCUCUGCCCUUGGUCAUCCGCAAAUAAUUAUCUUUGUUUUCCAAAGAGUCGUUUGAGUAUUUUUCCAGUUCAAAGCGAAAACAGUGAAACUGUUGGGAUUGCGGAUGAUUCUUUUGCAUGAUUCGUCUUGCAGGAUGAAUGUCUGUGGGCAAUGUGAACAUCGUGAAAGAGAUUCAAUAGAAUUUUACUCGUGUA